AUUUACUACAUGGCAACUUUUAUGUUGUCUCUGACAUCUUGUGAUCACAAGAUCUCUCCGUUUUGAGUUUUCUGUCAAGGCAAAAAUUGGGCGAAAAAAGGCCGUCCCGUUUGGGAAUUACGGGUAGAAAAGCUCCAAUUUGCUCAACAAAUAUCUCAAGAUGAGAUACUUCCUUACCUACUUGUUCGUGCUCCUCGUGGGUCUCGCUGUAACAAUAUUUUCGUUGUACUACCUCUUGAAUGGAAAGGGUGAGCAAAUCAGUGUGGGAUGGUUUUUGGAAAACACAUCCCCUUACAUGUGGGGUACGUUGGGCAUCGCGUUCGCAGUGGCAUUUUCAGUGGUCGGCGCUGCGAUGGGCAUCCACACGACUGGAGUCAGCAUAGUUGGCGGAGGUGUCAAAGCACCUAGAAUCAAGACGAAGAAUUUGAUCUCCGUCAUCUUUUGUGAAGCUGUUGCUAUUUACGGAUUGAUCACCGCGAUUGUGCUGUCUGGUAUGCUGGAACGGUACACAGAACCUAUCCUUGACAUUGCUAUCAAGCAACAAAACUGGAUGGCUGGCUAUGUGAUGUUUGGAGCAGGUCUAGCCGUAGGCCUUGUCAACCUGUUUUGUGGUAUCGCCGUCGGAAUAGUUGGCUCUGGAGCAGCCUUAGCUGAUGCAGCCAAUGCAGCUCUAUUUGUGAAGAUCCUGAUUGUAGAAAUUUUCGGAUCUGCCAUAGGUCUCUUUGGACUUAUUGUUGGAAUUUACAUGACGUCAAAAGUCAAGAUGGGCAAUCAGUAAUUUAGGAAGAAAUAAAAACACGAAAAUUAAGUUGGACUACAGCACUGGAUAGUUCCUGCCUUGACUAAUAGCAAAAUCUGUAAACCCAAGUUCAGUGCUUAUCAAGAUAUUAAACACAGGAGUAAAACAAAGCUUAAAAUUUAUAUUAUUACAGUGUUGAAGAUGUGCAUGUUUGGAUAACCAACA